CGCUCGGCCGCCGGCGGCCAUGGACCUGCUCUCGGCCCUGAGCCUCGGCGACCUGGCCCUGCACUUCUCGCGGGUCCCUCUCUUCCCCGUCUUCGACCUGAGCUACUUCAUCGUCUCCAUCCUGUACCUCAAAUAUGAGCCAGGAGCUGUGGAGCUGUCCCGCCGGAGCCCCGUGGCUUCCUGGCUCUGUGCCAUGCUCUACUGCUUUGGGAGUUACAUACUGGCCGAUCUUCUACUUGGUGAAGCUCCCAUCGAUUACUUCAGCAAUAACUCUAGUGUGCUCCUGGCCUCGGCGGUCUGGUAUAUGAUUUUCUUCUGCCCCAUGAACCUCUUUUACAAGUGUGUCAGUUUCCUCCCUGUGAAACUUGUCUUUGUUGCAAUGAAGGAAGUGGUAAGAGUUCGCAAGAUUGCUGUUGGAAUCCACCAUGCUCAUCACCAGUACCACCAUGGAUGGUUCAUUAUGGUAGCUACAGGAUGGGUCAAAGGGUCUGGAGUCGCACUGAUGUCCAACUUUGAACAAUUGCUUCGUGGAGUCUGGAAACCAGAGACUAAUGAAGUUCUUCACAUGUCUUUCCCCACCAAAGCCAGCUUGUACGGAGCAGUCCUCUUCACCCUACAGCAGACCCACUGGCUUCCUAUUUCUAAAGCCAACCUUAUCUUCUUCUUCACUCUAUUUAUGGUGUCUUGUAAGGUGUUCAUGACUGCCACACACUCCCACGCAUCCCCGUUCGAUUCCAUUGAAGGCUUCGUUUGCCCAGUCCUCUUUGGUUCUGCCUGGGGAGGCCAUGGCGACCAUCACCAUGACAACCAUGGGUCUUCCCAUGAUGCCCAUGGAGGGCCUUCCCAUCUGCACCCUUCACAGCCUCCUGCCAAGUCUAAGGAAGAGCUGAACGAAGGCUCAAGGAAAAGGAAAGCUAAAAAAGCAGAGUAAACAAGAUCAGCCACGUCGAGCCAAUGGGCAAAAGAAAUAAUCACAUUUAAGCUGCAUGAAAAAUGUAUUCAAACUUUAUGUGAUCUCACUAGUUACCUCCUGAGACUGCAGAGGAGAAAUGGAAGUCAGGUUUUUGGCUUAUCGUGUCUCUGCUUCUUUUUGUCCUCUUGGGCCUACUGCUAAGUUAAUAGUUUCUUCAUUUCACUACCAGAGACCCCUAUUUUCAGGGGUUUAUAAAUUAGUAAUUGAAAUCCACUGUAUGCUAACAUAGGGGUCCCAGGAAGCAGCCCCAAACCAGGAGCUCUGGUGGUGGCUUUGGGGAUUUUCUUUUUAAUAAAGUCUGGAAAAAAUCAUUUAAGCUGCUCUGAGAUUCCAGGAAUACUAUCUCUGAUCAAGUAGGCAUUCGAGGGGCUGUUUACACUCCUCUUCGCUGAAAACUGCUUUAAAUUUUAAAUGAAAAUUUUGUCGGCUAUGAAAUAAAUGAAAUACAA